GCCAAAUAAAAAUAAAAGGCUAGGGCUUUUGCAGUUCACUGCUGCUCUGCUUCAGCUAGCACUCAGCAAGCAGCAUCCUGUCUGCCCGCUCCUCUCUCUCUCUCUCUCUGAUCCAGAAAACCUCUCUUGGAGGUUUACAGAGAGUUUUUGAAAGACAAUGUCCCGGAGAUAGAGAGAGUGAGGAAAGGGCCUGGAGAAGAAGAAGGAGAAGAAGAAGAAGAAGAAGAAAAAGAGAAGUUCGUUUUUUAUUUUUAGAAAACAAAAAUUUAAAAAGUAGAAUAGAGGAAAGGCAGGAUAAUGACGAUUCACUCAGUCUUGAUUCAAAAGCUACUCAGCACCAAUGCCCACCUGGGCCGCCACAUCGCCGCAAACCACUUCAAGAUCUUCACCUACGGCUCCCGCAAUGGCAUGACCAUUAUCGACUCGGACAAAACCAUAAUCUGCGUCCGAAACGCCUGCUAUUUCAUUGGCACCCUUGCGCGCCAGAAAGCCCAGUUCCUGUUCGUCAAUACCAACUCUCUCUACGAUGAAAUCUUCGAGCAAAUGACGAAACGAAUAGGGUGCAAAUUCGACAACCGAUGGCGGGUUGGGGGCUUUUUGACCAACAGUUAUAGCCCCAAGAAGUUUCGGUCGCGGAAAAAGAAGUUCAUUAUUGGGCCCAGCCGGAUGCCUGACUGUGUUGUGAUCGUGGACACCGAGAGGAAGUCGUCGGUCAUUGCCGAGGCUGAUAAGUUGCAAAUUCCGAUUGUAGCAUUGGUAGACUCGAGCAUGCCGUCAGAAACUUAUGAGAAGAUCACAUACCCAAUCCCGGCUAAUGAUCAUUCUGUGCAGUUUGUGUACUUAUUUUGCAAUUUGAUCACCAAAACUGUUCUCCUUGAGCAAAAGAGGCUUGCAGGUUUGAAAGAUACCGUUAGUGAAGAAGCGGAUAUUCAACAAUUGGCACCUCUCGAGACUGAUAGUAGGGAUGAAGCACAACAAAUUGAGCAGAGAAAAAUUGAUAGUGCAAAUGAUGAAGUGCUUGUGGUUCCUUAUGAGAGCAUAUCACCUAUUUCUAACGAUCCUGCUGAAACUAAAAAGCUCUUGGACAAACUUGUGGUGUUGAGGUUCAAUGAUAUCUUGGGGACAAAGAUGGGUUUUAAUGGUCCAAAGUCUGCUAUUCAAGUUUGCAAUGGCUUAACAUUUCUGGACUUAAUCAUUAAUCAAAUUGAGUCUAUAAAUUCCAAGUAUGAAUGCAGAGUUCCCCUCCUUCUAGUGAACACAAAUAAAACACACAAUGAUACUUUAAAGGUCUUGGAGAAACAUUCUGGGGCAAACAUUGACGUUCAUAAUUUUAACCAGAAUCAAGAUCCCCAAGUAAAGUCAUUUGAAGGACUGAUUAAUGAGGACGAAUUAUGUCAGUCUGACCAUGGCGAGGCGCUUCUCUACCUAAUGAAAAGUGGAACACUUGAUGUAUUAUUGGGGCAGGGCAAGGAGUACAUCCUCAUGGUGAACCCUGAUAAUCUAACUGGUGUUGCUGAUCCCAAAAUCUUAAAUUAUUUGAUCCAAAACCAGAUUGAAUAUUGCAUGGAGGUGACUCCUACCACAAUAUUUGGUUUCAAGGGUAGUGCUGUUAAUUAUCCGCAAGGGAAGUUUCUGCUUGCGGACAUCACACAGUCUCACUCUAAACAUUCAGCGGAGAAGUUCAAAUUUAUUGACACAAAACACUUGUGGGUGAACUUGAAGGCCAUUAAAAGGCUUGUUGAAACUGAUCCAUUGUGGAUGGAGAAUUUUUUUGUUUCAAAGGAAAAGAAUAGUAAAUUGCUUUUGCAAGAAACAACAACUGGUUCAUCUGUACGGUUCUUUGAUCAUGCUGUUGGUAUUAAUAUUCCCCAAUCUCAAUUUCUUCCAUUUGAGUCAACUUCAGAUUUGCUUCUUGUUCAGUCAGAUCUGUACACCAUAGAUGAGGGAGUUUUAGUUAGAAAUAAAGGUAGAAAAAAUCCUGUGAAUCCUUGCAUUGAGUUGGGACCUGAAUUUGAAAAGGUUAGUGAUUUUCUAAGUCGAUUCAAGUCAGUUCCUAGCAUAGUUGAGCUUGACAGUUUGAGGGUAACUGGCGACGUCUGGUUUGGAGCUGAUACAACUCUCAAGGGGAAAGUGAACAUUGCUGCAAAACCUGGGAUCAGAUUAGAAAUUCCUGAUGGAGCAGUUCUAGAGAACAAGGAGAUCAAUGGCCCAUGGGACAUUUGAGGGUUUUCUUUUAUUAUUUUUGUUGCAUUGAAGCAAGGAAUAAUGCACAAGUGAUUUAAUAAUUAUCAUUGUUAUUAUUGUGUCUUGUAAUGCUUCUAGAAUGUUUUCAAUUCAAUUUUGCCUGUCAAUUUAUUUGUCAAUUAAAACAUAUUCUUUUGUAACAUUGAAAAUUUUGUUCUCUUCCAAACAUGCUAUUUGAAGAUAUUAUUUGGGCCCCAAGAAGGGGGUUAGCAUUCGUAUUUUGUUCGUGGCUUCUCCUUGCUAGUAAUGAGUGAUGGCCACUGAGACCUGGGAGAGGGUAAUCUGGUCAAUGGAAAGGAAAUGAAAUGCAAGAGACAGAGAUCCAGAUGAAUUCACAGGGCAAAACAAUAUUGACGCCCUGCCGAGCCACCGAUUAUGAAGAUGAAAAGUAUUUAUACAAGAUGACAUGCUAAGUUCUGGCCAUAAUUGUGAAGAUACGAACUAUGCUGUACUUGCCCAAGCGAUCCAAAUGUGGGAGAAAAGAACCAUAUUGACAGAAUUGAGAGUGCUAUGAGGGCGCAUAGGGAUGGUAAUUUCUUAAAUUGUGAAACUUUUACACAAGCAAAUGUUCUCCAUUUGUUUGGUUCAAGUAUUAUUGGCUGAUCUUACUAUAUUAGAGGCCAUAAAUUAAGGCUGAAAAUUUUCUCUGUAAUUUAAGGUUUUAGAUUUGUGCUUGUGGAUUUGGGCAACAGAUAUCCAGGUUUCUAAAUGCAGCAGCAUUUGUUGACACUGUAUGGGCGCUCCCCCCAUGUUGAUCUUAUUUCAGUUGUAUGUAUUGAUUUUGAGCAUUCUGUUUUUGUUCA